AGUUUGGCUAUGUCUCCAAGGCCAUCAUUUUCAGACUGUUUUUUGUGGUGUGGUUUAUAUGUUCAACAAUACAUAAUGACUAAGGGACUAAUGCAAUGAAUGUUUUUUUAUCCUCUGUCAUUAUGAUGAUGACAGGUGUUUUUCUACUGUCAAAAUUGCCGUUUCCUAAUGCUUUACUAAACAAAUAUCAUAUCACAUGCUGCCACACGUCCACUAGUAGGGCUACUAUAACCCUUUUACUGCUAUUUCACUGUUGUUGCCGUUGUUGUUGCCAUAAUGAUUAAGGACAUUGUGUAGUAUAAUGAGGACCAAUGCUUUAUAAUAGCCUAUAACAUAAUAUAAUAUGUGGGUGAAGGUCGUGGCAGCUGAUUUGGAGGCACCUGAGUUGUAAUAGUAAACACCCACCAAAAGGGGGAGUACACACAUUGUAAGAUCCCUUUUUUGUUAUGUUGGGUAACCCAUGACUACAUUUCAGAUAGAAUAGACCAGGAGGAAUGAAAAUGAACAAGAUGACAUUACAGUUAACAAGAUGUUAUUACAGUAUUACAGUGCAUCAAUAUAACCCGUCAACAAUGAAGAAUAUGAUUCAUCAUACUGUCAGUGUCAACAUUCCUGACUUAGCAUUUUGAAAAUACUGUGUAUCUUUCCUGCUGAAGCCAUGAGUUUCCAUUAAGCCUUUAGUUUCCAUUAGACCUAUUUGAGGUUUUAGUCCUGAUCCCUGGCUCUAGUCCCUUACUCUGACUGUCUCUGUGAUGGUAUACUUAAACUUAGCGUAGAUCUUUUUUGUCUUCUUUUCAAGGGUUCCCCAAAUGCAGAGCGACAGUUUUGUUCUUUUGUCCUACACAGGAACUGGUGACAAACCACAGAAUGCAACAUGCCACACUAUUGAAACAACACACUUUCACAUAUCCAGAUCAGCUACAACUUAAAGGACGUAGACAGGUCCAUGUUUCAAAAAAAAAAAUUCUAAAAGGUAUUUGUUUGUGUGUGUGUGUGCGUGCGUGUGUGUGUGUGUGUGUGUAAAACAAACAAACUGAAGCAUUUUACCAUCUCUAAGGGAUGAGAGCCAAGAGAGGGAAAUGAAAACUGAUGACGUCAAAGUGACAAGCUUGAAGUGAAAAGGAAAUGGAGUAUCGCAGAUACAGGAAGCCUUGUGUCAAAUGCCCCUCACACACACACACACAAAUACACACAAAUGCUCAGGCAGUAGAAUGGCAGACAGAAACAUGAGCACAUGACAGACGGACAUCACCAUCCUAAACAACUGCCAGGCCAGUACUUCAGCCAUGGACUUGAGUGAGGAGGAAACGACUCCUCUGGUGCACAGGGAGAGGGGCAGCAGCCACAGGUCCAGCUGCAGGUCCGGCCUGCAGGUCAAGCUCCACUUCCUCCCGGCCGCCAAAACAGAGUCGAGCUUCUGCAUCCCUAGCGGGCAGAUCUCAGCUGAGAACGUGUGCAUCCAGGCGGCCAAAGAAUGCGGCAUCAUCCCUGUGUUUCACAGUCUGUUUGCCCUGGCCUCUGAGGAUCUUUCGUUCUGGUACCCACCCACGCAUGUCUUUAAUGCUGACGAGGGCAUCACUGUCAAGUAUAGAGUAAGGUUUUUCUUCUCAAACUGGUUUGGCCAAGGCUCAAAAACAUCUUAUCGCUAUAGCCUCAUAAGGGGAAAAGUUAGUGCAGUGCUGGACUACUGUGUCAUCGAUUAUCUCUUUGCUCAGUCACGCAGUGACUUUGUGAAUGGUCAGGCGGGAGUGAGCCCCUCCCUCAGUGUCCAAGAGGAGUGCCUGGGUUUAGCCGUGCUUGACCUGUGGUGCCAUGCCAAAGAGCAGGGCCUGAGCCUGAAGGACAUCGGCAAAAAAGUUGGGUAUAAGUCCUGCCUGUCUGAGAUCCACCGUCAGGAGAUCCAGGGGCUGAGCCGUCUGGCGCGCUAUCAGAUCCGCAAGACAGUGAAACGCUUCCUCAAGAGGCUGGGCUCCUGCAAGGCCAGUGAACGCUACCUGAAGAUCAAGUACCUGAUGGAGCUGGCGGCCAUUGAGCCGGCGCUCGGCACCGAGACAUUCCAACAGGUCACCACCAGACUGAUCCGUGUGUCUGGCGAGACGGGCGUGCAGACCAGGACAGAUGAUGCUGUGGAGUGGAAGACAUUUUGUGACUUCCCAGAGAUCACUGACAUCAGCAUCAAGCGGGUUUGCCAUGAGCAGGUGCCCCAGGAGGGCCGUGUGGUCACUCUCACACGCCAGGAUGACAGGUUUGAGGUAAUUGAGUUCCCCAGUCUGACAGAAGCCCUGUCCUUCGUUUCGCUUGUUGACGGUUACUUCAGACUCACCACUGACUCCACUCACUACUUCUGUCAGGAGGUGGCGCCCCCUAGCCUCCUGGAGGACCUUCAAAAUCACUGCCACGGGCCAAUCACGUCUGAGUUUGCUGUGCACAAGCUGAAGAAGGCUGGGACGAAGAGUAGCACAUUUUUGCUUAGACACAGCCCCCAAGAAUUUGACAAGUACUUCCUCACUGUCUGUGUUCAGACCUCUCUGGGAAAGGACUACAAAGACUGCCUCAUUGUUAGCAAUGAGCAUGUUGGACUGUUUGGUGUCCACAAUUCCUUUGUUCACCUGAGGUCUCUUGUUGAGUUCUACCAGAAAAAUACUUUCCUCCUGGCAGAUGAUCCCAUCACACUCGGCCGAUGCUGUCCUCCUCGCCCUAAAGAGCUAACCAACCUGAUCAUCGUGCGUAACAGCACCUCUGCUGAGCUACAGGGGACCCCAACUCUGCAGCGUCACAAGCCGAGCCACAUCCAGUUCCAGAUGAUCCGCUACGAGGAGCUGGAGCUGGGUGACGGUUUAGGCCGAGGCUCUUUCACAAGGAUUCAUAAGGGCCGCAAGACUGGCACCCGAGAUGGGGAGAAAUAUGUUACAGAUGUUUUACUCAAAAUCCUUGAUGCCGACAACAAAGACUGCUGGGAGUCCUUCUUUGAAGCUGCCAGCAUGAUGAGCCAGGUCUCCCAUAAGCACCUUCUCCAUGUGUAUGGUAUCAGUGUGCAUCGGAGCAACAAUAUAAUGGUACAGGAGUUUGUGAAGUGCGGUGCUCUAGACUUGUACCUAAGGAGGACUCAGUCUGUGUCUUUGAGCUGGAAACUGGAAGUGGCCAAGCAACUCGCCUGUGCCCUAAAUUUCCUGGAGGAAAAAAACAUUGUACAUGGAAAUAUCUGCUCCAAAAAUGUACUGCUGGCCAGAGGAGAGCCCUCCCCAUUCAUCAAACUGAGUGACCCAGGGAUCAGUGUGACAAUGGUGGGGAUAGAUGUUAAACUGCAUAGAAUCCCCUGGGUGGCACCGGAGCUGCUUGAAGAGUCUGAGGCUCUAGAAUUGGAGAGUGACAAGUGGAGCUUUGGGACAACCCUAUGGGAAGUCUUCAAUGGGGGAAAGGUGCCUCUACAAGGCUUUGACCCACAGCAGAAACUGCAAUUCUACAAGAACAGCCACCAGCUCCCCUCCCCAGAGUGGACAGAACUAGCUGACCUCAUCAGCCACUGUAUGAACUACCAGCCCGGUCUGCGCCCAUCCGGUCGAAGCAUCAUCCGCCACCUCAACGGUCUCAUAACAUCAGAUUAUGAGAUUCUGCAUGCAGCCAACAAUAGUGACACCCUCUGGAGAGGCCUGAGUCUACAGUCAUACCACCAGGAGCAGACCGUGUAUGAGGAGAGGCACCUGCGCUACAUAUCUGCCCUGGGAAAGGGUAAUUUCGGCAGUGUGGAGCUAUGCCAGUAUGAUCCACUGGGAGACAAUACUGGGGAGCAAGUCGCCGUCAAGAGGCUUCAGCCCAACAGGCAGGCCAAUCUGGACGACUUCCGUAGGGAGAUCCAGACCAUCAGCUCCCUGCACAGUGACUACAUUGUCAAGUACAGGGGAGUGUGCAAAGCCAUGGGGCUUGGCAGUAUGAGUCUGGUGAUGGAGUAUCUGCCCCAUGGAAGUCUGAUAGGUUAUCUUGAGAAGAAACCCUCGCAUGUCAACCACAGGAGACUACUACUGUUUGCCUCUCAGAUUUGCAAAGGAAUGGAGUACCUUCAGAGUAUGCGUUUCAUACACCGGGAUUUGGCUGCCAGGAAUGUCCUGGUGGCCAGCGACACGCUCGUCAAAAUAGGUGAUUUUGGCCUGACCAAGAUAAUACCCUUUGAUAAGGAGUACUACAAAGUGUCCCAGCCAGGAGAAAGUCCCAUUUUCUGGUAUGCACCCGAGUCCAUUAGUGAGUCCAAGUUCUCUCACAAAUCAGACGUAUGGAGCUUUGGGAUCGUCCUACAUGAACUGUUCUCCUACUGCGAGCUGAGUUUGAACCCCAAAAAGCUUUGUAUGCAGGCUAUUGGCAGUGACAUACAAAUGCAUUGCACCUCAAUGCAUCUUUUCAACAUACUCAAAGACAACUGGAGGCUGCCAGCACCACCACUUUGCCCACCAAAUGUUUACAGCAUGAUGAUGAAAUGCUGGGCUUGGGAGUCAGAGGGGAGGCCAGCGUUCUCCAGCCUUGGGGAGCUGAUCGAAGCCACCCUCCAGGAAGACAGAGACGGGUUCAAAAGUUGCAGGCCCACUGGAUCAUCAUUACUUUAGUGUAAGGCAAAUUCGAUCACCUGUACAUUUGUGCUAAUGCAAAGUCAUUUUCAGCUCCAUACUUCAUUUUAAAGUUUUCAUUCCUUGACAAAAAUCGUUUUUUUUUUUUUUUAGUUUUGAAGCUUGAAUAAACUAUGCUGUCAUUUACCACAAGCGAAAAAAAAGUUUUUGUAUUGUGGUGUUCAGCAAGCAUUUCAUGUGCGUGUGCAUGAUGUAGUUGUGUGCCAGAGUGCAGUACAAAUGAGAGUGAGUGAUUUAUUGUUUAAUUCUGUGUUAACUUUCGAAUUUGGAAUGUCCUGUGUUUUCCGUCUUUGUUUUUUUUCAGUAUGUCAGUAUGUUAUGAUUUAUGCCCCUGUGUGGUUUUCCCUGAUGUUUUGGUGUCUUGCCUACCCUUGCCCUCUGUCUUGUGCCGCCAUAUAUAAUGUUUGUGCCUGAGUGUAAUAAACAGCACAGAAACCAAA